AUGCUCCUGCUUCCAUCGCUCCCUGUCCUUCUCCUGUGUGUGGUGGCCAUAGCCUCAUCAAAGUCACAAACCUGUGAGGAUGCCCUGAAGUCUUGCUCUGUAAUAGCCUGUGGCAGAGAUGGGAGAGAUGGACCCAAAGGGGAGAAGGGAGAACCAGGUCAAGGGCUCAGGGGCUUGCAGGGCCCUCCAGGGAAAGUGGGGCCUCCAGGAAAUAUAGGAGCUCCUGGAAUUUCAGGACCAAAAGGCCAAAAAGGGGAUCCUGGACACAGUGCAGCCAUUGAAGCAAAGCUGCUGAAUUUGGAGGCAGAGAUGAGGACCCUGAAAUCAGAACUGGAGCACACCAAGAAGUUGCAUGCCUUCUCAAUGGGCAAAAAGUCUGGGAAGAAGUUCUUCGUGACCAACCGUGAAACUAUGCCCUUUUCCAAAGUGAAGGCUCUGUGUGCCGGGCUCCGAGGCACUGUGGCUAUUCCCAGGAAUGCUGAGGAGAACAAGGCCAUCCAAGAAGUGGCCAAAGGCAACGCCUUCAUAGGCAUCACAGAUGAGGUGACUGAAGGCCAAUUCAUGUACGUGACAGGGGGGAAACUCACCUACAGCAACUGGAAACAGAAUGAGCCCAAUGACCACGGCUCGGGGGAGGACUGUGUCAUUAUGUUAGAGAGUGGCAUCUGGAAUGACAUUUCCUGCCAGUCUUCCUUCAUCGCUGUCUGCGAGUUCCCGGCCUGA